AUGGCAACACCAACUUCCUCACGCGCACCAUCUGAAGUGCCUUCCGACAACGGUCAAACCCUCAACGCGCGUCGUACCUCUUUGGGUUUUCUCCGUCGUUCCAAAUCUACCGAGCCACUUGGUGAACAACGUAAAUCCUCUGCUAGUCGGAAGAAGAUGACCAAGUCGCAACAAAUGGAGGAGGAACUACGCCGUCAGCGCGAGUCUUACGCGCCUAAAAUCGCCCCACGCCUCCCGGACCUUUCCCCUACCCCGCAGCUGGAAACCUUUGGUGGUGAAGAGCGUGAUACCCUGAAGAUUGAUCCUGUCAUGUCUCGUCCUCAGUCUGGUCUUGCGGCGUCGCUCGCUUCCCCUACCGAUUCUAUUGAUCCGUAUGCGCGGGCCGAAAGUAUGACCCAUCGGGGUCGCUACAGUUAUGCCAGUAGCGCUGUCAGCACUGUCAACAGUCCCCGUCGAGUUCGUCGUCGCAAGGAUCCUACCCCAUACAAUGUUUUGGUGGUUGGCGCUCGCAAUUCGGGCAAGACCUCUUUCCUUAACUUUCUCCGCCAGUCUUUGACCAUGCCCCCGCAUAAGCACCCCACACGUAGCCCCGAAGAGCUGGAGGAGCUGGAGCGCCAGACCUCCGCCUAUGAGGGUUUCACAUCGCAGUAUCUCGAAACCGAAAUUGAUGGCGAGCGCGUGGGCUUGACCCUGUGGGAUUCCACCGGCCUGGAGCGUAACAUUGUGGACCUGCAGAUGCGUGCCGUCACCGGAUUCCUGGAGAGCAAGUUCGAGGAGACCCUGGCGGAGGAGAUGAAGGUUGUGCGAUCCCCUGGAGCUCGCGACACCCACAUCCACUGCACUUUCCUCUUGCUCGACCCCGUGCACCUGGACGAGAACAUCGCAGCUGCCGAGCGCUUUGCCAAUGGAACACCCAAGGCUACUGACACUCCCGUCCUGGGCGUUUUGGAUCAGAACCUGGACUUGGGGGUGCUGCGCACCAUUCUCGGCAAGACCACCAUUGUGCCUGUGAUCAGCAAGGCCGAUACCAUCACCUCUGCCCACAUGACAUACCUGCGCAAGGCUGUUUGGAGCAGUCUCAAGAAAGCCAAUAUUGAUCCUCUGGAGAUCCUGACUCUGGAAGACCAGGAAGAGUAUAGCUCUUCCGAGAGUGCAUAUGAUGAGUCAAUUGCGGAGAGCGAGCCCGAAGUCGCCAAGCCCGACGAGGAGACCGAGAGCCCCAUUGAGGGCAAUGCGCCUUCUACCGAGGAGGGACAGCCCACGCCUCCCUCCCCCUCGCAGCGUAGUCAGAGCACUCGCAAAUCCACCGGAUCGAUCACCACUGUCAAUCCCCACGUGCCAUUCUCGAUUUUAUCUCCGGACCCACACUCCCUUGCAUCUGGCGAAGAACCCUUUGGACGCCGAUUUGCCUGGGGUUUCGCUGACCCAUACAACCCUGAGCACUGCGACUUUGUGAAGCUGAAGGAGUCCGUGUUUACCGAAUGGAGAUCUGAGCUACGAGAUGCUAGUCGUGUGAUCUGGUACGAACGCUGGAGAACCAACCGUCUCAACCGUAAUGGCCAACCUGCGCCCAUGCCAUCUAAGCCUACCUAUGGUGGCCGCAUGGGACCUAUCCGUGAUGGUCGUCGCACGCGCUAG